GACAGUUCUGUAUUCAGCAUGGCUUUCAACGAUUAAGUACUCAUUAUGAGAUUUUUAAACAUCAUGUGAAAUGAUAGGAAACAGUGAAGAACCGGAUUAGAAGUGAAUUAUAUGACAGUUGCCAGUACUUGAGCAUAAUAGAAGCAUGGCAAGUGAUUCUAAAGUCAGCGAUAUUCGCUGGAUAUAUCUCGUGACAUUCCUGGAUUUCUUCGCUGUUGGAUUGAUUUUACCUUCAAUGUCAAUGCACCUCAAUAAACUUGGUGCAUCGUUCUCAACGAUAGGUGCCAUUUCUUCUAUUUAUGCAGGAAUUCAGCUCAUUAGUGGCCCGUUAAUUGGUAGCUGGAGUGACAGAAUUGGACGAAAAAAUAUUUUCAUCGUUUCUUGCCUAGUAAUUGGAGUUUGUUACGCACUUUUUGGAUUAGUUGAAUCCAUAUUUCUCAUGCUAGUUCUCAGAGUGACAAUAGGGGUCUUCAAGCAUUCACAGGUGAUGAUUCAGGCCUUGAUAACUGAUCUCUACCCCAAAGAUGACCAAUCAGUUAUGUUUGGAAAUUUAAAAUCGAUAACGGGACUGAGUUUUGCACUGGGGCCACUCAUUGCCGGUCACAUGACGGAAGUUGAGGGAGGAUUUGCCCUCACUUGUGUCGUUAGCGGAAUAUUAUUCAUAAUUAAUGCCGUGAUAGCCUACUAUUGUUUCGGUGACAAAAUGAGCCGACCUGAGCCUAAAUCUCCGAACGACAUGGAAAUUAAAAAAAAUCCUAAGAAAUUCGAAAUGAAGAAAUUGAAGGAAGUUAUCUCAGAUCUACGAAGCAUCGACUGGAGCGUAUUUGGUGAUGCUUUUGCGCUCAAAUUCAUGGCUGAGGUAGCAGCGAUUGCUUUUUAUGCGAAUUAUAAUGUUAGGAUAAAAAGGCGAUUCGAUAUAUCGCCGAAACUAGCCGGAUACACGAUAGCCUACCAGAGUUUUAUAGGAAUAACGACAGGUCUUUUGAUGGGCCGAAUGAAUAGAAAAUUUUACGCGGAUGAUAUAUCGUAUAAAAAAAGAAAUCUUCAUGCGUUUACCGUGAUGGCAGUGGGUUUCAGCUGCGCCUACUUCUCAUCGUACUUCCCUCUCUUCAUGUUAUCAACGACACUUUUCAAAAUAGCUGAUAUGGUGCUGCGGGUAACAUUGACCGAAAUGGUAGUGGAAAAGGCAUCUGCCACUAACCAGGGAUCAGUGGCUGGAUCUGCAGAGAGUAUUGGGAGUCUUGCUCGGAUGGUAGCUCCUCUAACCACUGGCAUAGUUGAAGAUAUAUGUGGAGUUAAUAGUGCUAAUUUACUAUCCGCCGCGGUCAGUUUGUGGGGGGUUCGCAUAUCUUCAAAGAUAUCACUUCGUCAAUCUAAAAAUAAUUAACCCUAGGUCAAAUUUUUCUAUCAAUAGAUAAAUAUAUUUUUAUAUUUAUGGGUAAUGUCCUAGUGGUUGUUUAUGAAAAAUUCCCGGUUUUAUUUUUAGUUGUUGGGUUAUUAGAUUUGCAGGGUAAUAUUUGUUGUUUGUGAAUUUUAUUUUGAUUCUAAAAUACCUUCAGGAGCAUAUACUGAUUUAAUAUCAGAAAUAUUCGACGCUCUUAAUGUUCAGAUAAAGUUAUUUUAAUGUUGUUGAAUUUGAAUACUUGAAUAAAAUUAUUUAUUUAUGGUAA